AUGCGACUACGCCCUGACGAUUUGUGUUGGGAGCAAGCAGAAGAAACUUCAGAGAAAUGGCUCAUUCAACUCCUCGAGCCUGAAUUCCUGAGACCCAUUGCAGAUUUCAUGAUCACUCACAAUAGAGGAAUUGCUACCGAAUUCGUUAUUCUCCGAAAGGGAUCUCACAAUAUUUCGUUGCGGCUAAAAUACCGGAAUGGUUCCACGGUGGUCCGAUUGUCGCAGCCGGGCACUGUCUUUUUCCCCGAAGAGAAGGUUGUGAAUGAAGUUGCUGUCAUGCGAUUUAUCAGAGAUCAGACAUCUGUACCUGUUCCCUUCGUUCUUCAUUCAGACACAAAAGAAGAGAGUCCCCUGGGCCUUAGUCCAUUCAUCAUCAUGGAAUAUGUCGAACAUGAGACGAAAAUGUAUGCGGCUCUUAAUACGCCAGGGUGUCCUGUAGAGCAGCGUGGUGUUCCUAAUCCAAAUAUUGAUGAGGCUACACUAGAGAUGCUGUAUGGACAACUUGCGGGAGUUCUACUCCAGCUUGCUAGGCCCUCUUUGCCUCGAAUAGGGUCUCUGAGCCAGACUAACGAAUUUACCUGGCAGGUAACACGUCGCCCAUUGACAAUGAAUAUGAAUGAACUCGUUCGAGUGGGAGGGUUACUACGCUCAAAGCUACCCGGCUUAGAUACUAAAUUCGAUACAUCUUCAUCAUACAUUGAGGCACUUGCGGAGCUCAAUAUACAGCAUUUAUUCUAUCAGAGAAAUGACUCUGUGCACUCAGCAGAUGACUGUCGACGGAAAUUUAUAGCGCGACGGCUAUUUCGAGAACUUGCAAGAGAUAAACGACUUACACAUCCAUUGCUUGAGAAUGGGCCUUUCAAAAUUUGGUGUGAUGAUUUAAGGCCCGCGAAUGUGCUACUUGGGGAGAAUAUGGAAAUCUCCGCUGGAGUGGACUGGGAGUUUACAUACUCCGCACCUGUUGAAUUCUCCUACAUGCCACCUUGGUGGCUACUCGUUGAGAAGCCUGAGCUCUGGCCAAAGGGCCUUGUCGACUGGACAGCGGCAUUUGAUACUCGGCUAGAGACAUUCCUACGAGCAAUGAGACGCUGUGAAGAAGUAGCGAUACAAAAAGAUCAACUCUUCAAGAAGAACAACGACUCUCCAACGAUAUGCAUGACAGCUGGGAGAGUAGAGAUUUCUGGGUCAUGUACGCAGCUUUGA